AGAGAGAGAAGUCAACGACGGAUAUGCCGGAGGAAGAGUCAAUAGAUAUCAAAUUCAGGCUGUACGAUGGCUCUGACAUCGGACCUUUUCGGUAUUCCGCGGCGUCUACUGUUGAUUUUUUGAAGCAGAGGGUCGUCUCCGAUUGGCCCAAAGGCAAAACAGUUGUUCCAAAGGGGAUAAACGAAGUGAAGCUGAUCAGCUCAGGUAAGAUCUUGGAGAACACUAAGACUGUUGGACAGUGUAAGACACCAUUUGGAGAUAUUGCUGGUGGAGUCAUUGUGAUGCAUGUUGUUGUACAGCCCUCUCUUGCUAAAUCCAAAACAGAGAAGAAGGUUGAUAAAGCACCCAAGACGGUAAUCUGCACAUGCACCAUUUUGUGAAGGGAGCAAGACAUGUAUCAUACACACGCAGUCUCAAUUCUUCCGGUACAGAAGAAACCAAAAAAACAAAAGAAAGCUAAAAAAAAAAAGUAAAAGUAAAGCUUCCGUCUAAAGCUGUGGAGUUUUUUUCUAUCUUUGAAUGUGUAGAAAGAAAAUGAACUAAAUUCUUUUCAAGGUACCUCUUGUUUCUUAUUUGUUUUUCUCCUUACUGUCCCAAUGUACUGAAGUUGUAUAGGUUACUACUAGGUCGAUUACGCGUGAUGAAGAUUUAUUA